UCUGCCAACAAUGGCAGCCACUGUUACACAGCAACUGAAUGAAGUGAUGACUUUAUGUGCUGACGUGGUCCAGCUCUUAACAUCAUCUGAUUUAACCAUACAAAAUGACGGUCAAGAAACAUUCAGCAUUUUACACAACAAGCUGAACAAAGCCCAGAACAACACAAAGUAUCUGGUGGAGUUUUCCACCUCAUUGAAAGGACGAGUAGACCAAUUGGAGGGACACUGUAUCCUCUGGGGCCUGUCUAUUCAGAUUUUGCUGAACUCUCUUGAUAAGAUUUUGGGAACAUCAACUGCAAUGAACCAGUUGAGCCCUCAGAAACAGCUAUCAGUGUUGUCUGAGAACUCGCUUCGAAUUCAAGAGGCAGCAAGGCUAACCAGCCUGAAUUGUAAAAGUGCAUACAAAUCAAAACAGUUAAUAGGAUACCAGGAUGAACUAAAAACCCUGACUGAAGCCUAUCUCAAAGCUGCCGAAGAGCUCGACAUAACGCUAAGUGUGAUGCAACUUGCAAAAUCAGAAUUCUUUCAGAGACAUCUUUUGAUUAAAAUGAGAGUGCUUUCUGGUCAUUUGAGCAAAGCAAAUAAGGAUUAUGACACAGCACUUCAAAAUAUUGUCAGCAUUGCUUAUUUUGCUGCUGAACACUUUAGGAAGAACAACACAGAUGACGCCGAGCAGAAAUUUGAUAAUGCAGCUCAAACACUUUUUGAAAGUGUAAAACCUGCGACCGAAAGAGUCGAGGACUGCUUACACUUCAUCCGCGACCCGCGUGCCCGUUCUAACCUGAGGUCUAUCAACGACCACCUGUCUUUUCAGAUCUCAGAUAUAAUCAGCAGGGCGAGGCUCAUGAUAGAGACUCACUACAUUUGUGACACACUCAGUCUGGAUGUGCAGAUACAGUGCUGGUCAGCAAAAGCUCACUAUGUGGUGGAGGAGAUCAGGAAGCAGGAUGGGAUUCACCUAGAGGCUAAAGCGCACAUCAUGGCUGGUCUACAGGGCAGAAGACCUGAUGAUAUCAAAGAAGUGUUGGCUACAGUCCCAUCUAAUGUCAAAGAAGUAGAAUUUCCCUCUGACAAGGCAAUGACACCUUGGCAGAAAGGCAACACAGAUGCUGCAGAACUAAAUGUGAAGAUGGUAGCUGUUGCCAAAUAUGGACCUGGAAAUAUGGAAAAAUAUGAUGGUGUCCGGUCUGGCGCAUACAAAGAGGCUCCUUCGCUGACCUACACAUCCCUUUUUUUAAAGCAAGAAAGUGACAGCUGGGAUCCCCAGGACAACAAAAUUGUCCAGGUGACCAGGAAGAUGGCUGACACACUAUGUUACAUGACUCAGUACUUGAGGAAGAAAGGCCCAAUACCGAAUAAAGAGGCAUUUGUCAAUGCAGCCAAAGAUGUUAUCUCAAACUGCCAGUCAGUAACUCAGUUUAUCAGAGUUAUUGCCAACCACUGCCUGGAUAAACAGUGUACGGUUGAACUCUCCCUCAUAGUGGAGCAGAUUCUCACCAUCACCAACCAGCUCAACAUCAUCUCCAGUGUCAAUGCUGUAACACCUGGGUGCAAAUCAUCUGAUGAGAUCCUGGUGAAGAACACACAAAAUCUACUGCAGACAGUCUUGCGUGGGGUCCAUGCUGCAGAGACAGCCUGCAUUACAGGUUUGAAGCAGCCUGAGCCAAACUCAGAUGGUGCUGAGGCUACAGCCUUGUGUUUCCAGUGGAGGAGGAAGCUGGAGAUCCAUCGAGCCCAGCAGACCUCUAACCCAGAGACCGAUGAGCUGGGUUUGAGGAAGACCUCAUCCCACCCUGUAGCACCCAGUCUUGCCCCACCAGUUGGCUACAAGUAGGGUUGCAAAGGGUCGGAAACUUUCCGUGGAAAGUUUAGCUGGGGAAUUUUGAAAACAUUCCAAUUUGGAAACUUUCAUGGGAAUUAACGGGAAUUAACAGGAAUAAACUGGACAUUUUUAAUAUUGCUUUCCAUGUAAAGUUUAGCUUUGGAAUUUUGGAACCAUUCCAAUUUGGAAACUUUCAUAAGAAUUAAUGGAAUUUAUGGGAAUUUGGAUGGGAUGUAGUCCUUGGGCUCAAAUGCAGUACUGUCUUCAAUCUGUCUUCAAUCUGCUGUAGAAUGUUGGAUUCUAGAAAUGAUCUGUGCAGUGGGUGUGGCCUCAGUAGCCCUGCAGUAGGCUAAGUAGUAGCCCAAACCAUUGACCUUUAGUUUAACAUAUGAAGGUAGCUAGCAUACUACCUUUGAUUAAUUACUAUGGCUAUGGUUAUGGUUAUAUGCAUGCUAAGGUAACCAUCAGCGCUAUCUAUUUUUCCAGCCUAUCAAGAACAAGUGGGCUAUACAAUUAACACACAUAGGUUAAUAGCAAUGGGUUAUGUAUUAUGUAGUAGCCUAUGCUGAUUACUGCGUGCGUGCAUGUCAUUGACGAAUAUAGGGAGGACAUUCAACUGAAGUUGCAUUAAAUGAGGUUGUUUUAACCAAGAUUAUGCUGCAAGAUGUUUUUUUUUCAACUACAUUAAGCUGCCUGUUAUAGACUAACAGUAUUAUAACAUGCAAUAUUAAAAAUAUUCAGUUUAUUCCCAUUAAUUCCCGUUAAUUCCUGUUAAUUCCCAUGGAAAGUUUCCAACUUUGAAAAUUCCCGGAAUUUUGCAACACUAGCUACAAGUUACCACUACCCCUUCAAAACACAAAGUAGUAUUUAGUUUCUCAAGAAAUAAGAAGCCUGUUUUCUAUUUGUUAUAACAAUAUGAAACCCA